UAUCAUAGGUAUCAAAGCUAAGUAGCGUUAGCUUUGGGAGAGGUAACGAGAAUACCUGCCACAGCUGUUUUUCUUGUAAUAUCAGUGAAUGAAUUCACACAUAUACAGAACUGGAAAUGCCUUUAAUAUGUUUUUUAAACAGGAUACAAUGUUAGCUAGACUUGCCGGCUAACGUUAUUAGCAGAUAGUUGACUUACGUUUACCAUAACGAGUAAAGUUGUAGUCUUUGUUGUCGCUAAUAAAUGGUGAGAACUAGCCAGCCAUUCCUCAAGACAGCUGACUAGUUUGCGUGUAGAAAUGGACAGGUUUGUAGUACGGUUACCUAAGGGUGAGACACCCAAGGAAACGAAGAACAAGGAAAAGGUUUACAAGCAAGCGACAAUUGAGUCUUUGCGGAGGGUGGUUGUGAUUGAGGACAUCAUGCGCUACAAGUCCAUGCUGGAGCUGCCUGAGCAGACCAAGGAGAACCUGCUGCAUGCUUUGACUGAGCUCAACAAGAAGGUGCCAUCCAGGGAGGUGCUGAAGUCCACAAAAAUAGGUCACACUGUCAACAAAAUGCGAAAGCAUGUGGACCCCGAGGUGAGUUCACUGGCCGUACAGGUUUACACUCAGUGGAGGACCUUCAUUGAAGAAAAUUCCAAUAAGCCUUCUAUUGAAGUACGCUCCGACAAACAGUCUGAGGGACUUAGGAGCAACGCCAGAAGAAUGAUGGCCGAAGCCCUGGAAAUCAAGGAGGAUUGUGGCCUUAUUGACAACAUUGAGAGAGAAGUGUUCCACCAGAGCUCCCGGUUGGUCAGCAGUUCAUACAGGCGGACCAUCAGAGCACUCGUCUUUGCCUUUAAACACAAGCCAGAGAUCAGAACUCAAGUGAAGAACAGCACACUUUCAGUAGACCAGCUGGUUUCCGAUUACAAAAAAUAACUGAGGCUGGACAAGGCAAAGACUGUAUAUUGAAGACUUCUUGUGAUUUUUCUUGAAUUUUAUCAAAAUACCUGGUGCAUAAUGUUUUUUAUUUCUCCUUUUUAAAGUUUUUUAUUUUUUAUUUUUUAAAUUGCGAUAAAUGCUUUUAUUCUUUGUGGCACAUUAUGAGACUUGUACUGCUUCAUUAUUAAAUGUAAAUUACUGUGAAGAAUAGUAUGUAAUUUAUUGUGGUGAACUAAGGAUGAUUAAGUUGUUCAUUUGCACUUGAAUCAGAGGUGAAGUAUUUCUCAUUUUAGGCAACACAGUCAAUAGCUCUGCACAGUUUUUAUACUGUCAAUGAAAAUUUUUUAAACAAAAUAUGACUGCUUCAGUGUCAGUGUCUUU